UACAAGUAAAAGGCAAGGCUCUAACCUCUUCUAUCCUGUAGUGUGUUCACACUUUCUUGAAAAGCCAACAUCAAUAGAGGAUUUUCCUUACUUCUGUGCCUCUUGUUUCAACUCUUUUUCCUUUUUCAUAUGUUCACCUUGCUUCAAUCUCCACUCCACCAAAUGAAUGAAACUAAUAUUAUCAGCAACUCCAAGAAAAGGCAAAGAAAAGAUGACAAGCAAGAAGAAAAUGAUAGUGAUGCCAGCAAUUCAUUUGGGCAAGAUGGCAGCAGAAAGAAGAAGAAAACCUUGAAGGGUUUCAUCACAUCAUUGAUAUUGCUAGAACAACAAGAGAAGAGUGAUCAAGAAGAGCAAAACCAUGCUUCAAAUGAAGAGAAAAUACUGUUCGAGGCAAACCACAAGAAAAGGAUUAAAACAAUGGUUGAAUACUACGGCAAUAUUCAAGAUGACCACGUAGAAAUUCAAGAAACAGAAAGAAACAAGCGCAAGAAGUCAAGGGCAGUAGCUGGUGCUGCGGCUGUUUCUGCUGCCUCUACUGGGGUUGCUGCUAUUAAAGGAAUUAAAGACGCAAAGCACGGUGGUGGUGCUGGUGGUCAACAAAGACGUUUGUGGGUGAAAGAUAGAGAUAAAGAAUGGUGGGACGAUUGUAAUAGAUCAGAUUAUCCAGAGGAAGAAUUCAAGAAAGCUUUUAGAAUGAGUAAGUCUACUUUUGACUCGAUAUGUGAGGAGUUAAAUUCAGUUAUAGCUAAAGAAGAUACUACUUUGCGUAAUGCUAUUCCUGUUAGGCAAAGAGUUGCUGUCUGUAUUUGGAGAUUGGCUACUGGUGAACCUCUUAGACUUGUGUCAAAGAGGUUUGGUUUAGGUAUUUCUACUUGCCAUAAAUUAGUUCUUGAAGUAUGUUCAGCUAUAAGGAAUGUUUUAAUGCCCAAGUAUUUGCAAUGGCCUGAUGAGGAUAAUUUGAGGAAGACAAAAAAUGAAUUUGAAUCUAUUUCUGGGAUACCUAAUGUUGUGGGGUCUAUGUAUACUACUCAUAUAUCUAUCAUAGCUCCAAAGAUUAGUGUUGCCGCUUAUUUUAAUAAGAGGCAUACAGAGAGGAAUCAGAAAACAUCCUACUCAAUUACUGUUCAAGGCGUUGUUGAUCCAAAAGGGGUGUUUACUGAUGUGUGUAUUGGUUGGCCUGGUUCAAUGCCUGAUGAUCAGGUGUUGGAAAAGUCUGCUUUAUUCCAAAGGGCUAAUGGAGGCCUUUUGAAGGAUGUUUGGCUUGUUGGGACUUCAGGUUACCCAUUAAUGGAUUGGGUUUUGGUGCCGUAUACACAGCAGAAUUUGACAUGGACUCAGCAUGCUUUUAAUGAGAAGAUUGGGGAGAUUCAAUCGGUUGCUAAGGAUGCCUUUGCAAGGUUGAAAGGGAGGUGGAGUUGCUUGCAGAAAAGAACAGAGGUGAAACUACAAGACUUGCCGGUGGUUCUCGGGGCAUGCUGUGUGUUGCAUAAUAUUUGUGAAAUGCAAAAUGAGGAAAUGGAUCCAGAGCUGAGGAUGGAACUUGUUGAUGAUGAGAUGGUACCUGAGGUUGCUUUGAGAUCAGCAAGUUCAAUGAAGGCUAGGGAUGCUAUUGCUCAUAAUCUUCUGCACCAUUGCCAUGCGGGCACGAGUUUUCUAUAGCUAACGAGGUGCAUUUUGUUCCUGCAUAUUUUAAUUCUUUUUUCUCUGUUGUAGUUGUAUUGUAUAAUUGCACCUUUGCAGCAUUUUUAUUCAUCGCAAUUUGUGGGAGGGGCUAUAUCAAAGGUUUCUAUUCUGCUUCCACAAAUUUAGACGAUGAUACCCGUUUAUAGGUUUAAGUUAUAGACAUAGAUGAUAGAUCAAAGUGACAUUCUGUAAUUUAGUUUCCAUACUUGAAUUGAAAAUAAAAUAUGAAUGAAAUUAAGCAGUGGCUAUUCUUUUAA